UACGUGCGUGGGGGAGGAGUGAAUUGCAACCAACUGUUCCCACAGUACAUCAGGAAUCUGGAAGCCACUGCUUAUGCCAUGAAUAUGCAGCAUGUGGACCUCAAAUACAACUCUAUAGCUUAUCCCGCGGCACAGUUUAUACAUCCUAAAUAGUCUACUUUAAUAUCUUGGGACUCUUAAUACUUUGGUUUUAUUAAGAUUUCAGGAACUUUCAGUCAUAACCACUAAAAUCUGCAACAACGCCAGCGUGUGUGGAGAUUGCGGAUUCGUGACCGUCAAAAGCAUAAAUGGAAACGAUUUACUAUUCAUUUCAAUAUAAAAUAAGCGGUGCAGUCAGUAAAACUGAGAGUUUUAACAGAAAAGGUUCACUGCCCUCCAUAACAAGGUUUACGUCCUAGACAAUGACGUCACCGAAACAAGCAAGCACAUCAGUGUACAAAAAAAUGGUUCCCAGUAGUUUGUAAACGGAACGUGAACUGUUUAUAACUUUAAAUUAGGAAAUGGAUUCAAGCAAAAUGCAGAAUAAGCUACUGCAAAUAAAUUGCUGAUAUCUCCAAAAUGGAGGCACAGAAAGAGUCUGCACGGAGACUGCGCUCAGUAUGCAGGAUACAUUAUGAUGAAAAUGAAGACUUUUCAGAUUUAGAAGAAAUGACUUGUAUUCGGAGUUUUAACUUGGAAGAUAAACUCAGGAGUGGACUUUAUAACGGAAAUUAUGUGGCAUUCAUGGAGGGAAAAGAUUUUACAUACGAAUAUGUGCAAAAGGAGGCCCUGAAAGUUCCCCUGGUCUUCAGAAAGAAAGAUGGAUUAGGAAUCAAAAUGCCAGAUCCUGAUUUUGGUGUUGGAGAUGUAAAGCUUCUAGUAGGAAGUCGAAGAGUUGUGGAUGUCAUGGAUGUUGACACACAAAAAGGCACAGAUAUGAGCAUGAUGCAGUUUGUGAAAUAUUAUGAGAGUCCAGAAAAUGAACGAGACAAGCUAUAUAAUGUCAUAAGCCUGGAAUUCAGUCACACUAAACUGGAAAAUAUGGUGAAGCGGCCAACUGUGAUAGAUUUGCUGGACUGGGUGGACAACAUGUGGCCAGAUUAUCUGAAAGAGAAGCAGGUUGAUGGAACCAACAACAUUUCAGAAAUGAAGUACCCAAAGGUUCAAAAGUAUUGCUUGAUGAGUGUAAAGGGCUGCUAUACAGACUUUCACAUUGAUUUUGGUGGUACAUCAGUGUGGUAUCAUGUCUUCCGAGGAGGAAAGAUAUUUUGGCUGAUUCCACCUACCCUGCAUAAUUUACAGAUUUAUGAAGAAUGGGUGGCGUCUGGAAAGCAAAGUGAUGUGUUCCUUGGUGACACAGUACAGGAAUGCCAGAAAAUUGAAUUGAAACAAGGUUACACAUUUGUUAUUCCAUCAGGAUGGAUCCAUGCAGUGUACACAACAGUAGACUCUUUAGUGUUUGGCGGCAACAUCUUGCAUAGUUUUAACAUUCCCAUGCAGCUCCAAGUAUAUGACAUUGAAGACAGAACCAAGGUGCAGUCCAAGUUCCGUUAUCCUUUCUACUAUGAAAUGUGCUGGUAUGUUCUUGAAAGAUACGUCUGUUGUUUAACAAAGAGAUGUCAUCUCAUCAAACAUUUACAGAAAGAUUCAUCUUUGCAGACUGAUGCAUCUAGGAAGUCCAGUACAGAGAGUUUCUCAUCUGAUUCUCGAUUAGACAUGGAUGAAGAAUCCUGUGAUGCUAAUUUUCGGGAGGAAAAAGAUGAGAACCAGGAAACAAAUGUGAAAAGUAGUGCGGAUGGGUCCUGUUCUCCUAUUAGUUCACAUGCAGAAGGGAAGGAAGCUGCAGCCAAAAGGCAAAAAACAUCUACAGUGAAAUGUUUAAAAAGAACUCUGUCCAGUGAGUCUGAUGAUAGUGCCAAAUCAAAUACAUUAACAGAUUUCCCCAAAACACCAACAGGGUCUCCAGCAACAGAAGUGCCUACCAAAUGGAUUCACCUUACAGAGUUUGAACUGACAGGGUUAAAAGCACUUGUAGAAAAACUUGAAUCUUUGCCAGAGAAUAAAAAUUGUGUACCAGAAGGCAUAGAGGAUCCCCAGGUCUUGUUGGAGGAUAUGAAGUCAGUGCUGAAGGAACAUGAGAACGAUGAUCAAAAUUUAGCCAUUUCAGGAGUCCCUGUGGUCAACUGGCCAAGGAAGGUUGUGAAGCAAAGGGCAGCAGGAAAAGUGAAAGGAAAACCAGGGACUCCUACAUCAGUGAAAUUAGUGAGUAGCCGCACAACUGCUGGAGCACGUAGAAGGAGAACACGAUGUCGCAAAUGCGAAGCUUGCCUUCGGACAGAAUGCGGGGAGUGCCACUUCUGCAAGGACAUGAAGAAGUUUGGUGGCCCUGGAAGGAUGAAGCAGUCAUGCAUCAUGAGACAGUGUAUUGCUCCUGUAUUGCCUCAUACUGCUAUCUGCCUGGAAUGUGGAGAGGCUGGUAAAGAGGACACUAUUGAGGCAGAUGAUGACAAGUUUAACGUAAUGUUAAUGGAGUGCUCCAUUUGUAAUGAAAUCGUACACCCUGGUUGCCUUAAGGUGAAGGAGGCAGAUGGUGUGGUAAACGAUGAGCUUCCAAACUGCUGGGAAUGUCCAAAGUGCAGUCAUGCAGGAAAAACUGGGAAAGCCUACAAGCAAAAGAGGGGACCUGGAUUUAAGUACGCAUCUAACUUACCAGGAUCAUUGCUCAAGGAGCAGAAGAUGAACAGAGAAAACAAGGAAGUUCCAGAGCCUGUCAAGAAGAAAAGUGAACAAGAAGAAGAUCUCAAACAGAAAACCGAUGAACUUUCCAAAAAACGAGUGGUGGAUUCUUUUCUUGAAAAACAGUCUGAUGAUAUUCAUUUGAGAAAAAAACGGAAAUUAUUUGAAAAGCCACAGGAUCCAAGUUUACGAAAACGGGCAAAACUGAUUAAAGAAGAGAAGCUGUUCAGGAAGAAGAAACGGUCUUGGAAAACCUCUGAAGAUCGCCCGAGUUUACCAAAAUUAAUUCAUUUUAAGCAGGAACCAGAAGACGAACUUCCUGAAACCCCUCCAAAACCGAAGGAGAGUGACCAGUCAAGGUCCAGUUCUCCAAAAGCAGGCCCAAGCACCGAAAACACAGAUUCCAAGGAAAAGAGGAAAUUGAAAAUGAAACUGAAACAGCGACUUCCACACAAAGAACUAAGCAAAGAGCUUAGCAAGGAACUUAAUCAGGAGAUGCAAAAAAUUGAAAACAGCCUCGCAAAUGAAAAUCACCAACCUAUUAAAUCUGAGCCAGAGAGUGAGAAUGAGGAGCCAAAACGAACAAUAAACAGUAGUGAGAAACUACACAGGUUUAGCAAAGGACUAAAUGGGUCCCCCUGGGAACUGAGGCAUCACCUAUUGCCUAACCUUCGAAACAGCCCUAGAGGUAUUUCACGACCCCCACCUUCUGUGUCACCUCCAAAAUGUGUUCAGAUGGAACGCCAUGUAAUUAGACCUCCACCUAUAAGCCCGCCCCCAGACUCUCUGCCAUUGGUUGAUGACAAAAUCCACAUAAUGCAAAGGGAAGUGUGGAUGGCUGUAUUUAGCUACCUCAGUCACAAAGAUUUGUGUUUAUGUAUGAGAGUCUGCAAAACAUGGAACAGAUGGUGCUGUGAUAAAAGAUUAUGGACCAAAAUUAAUUUAAACCAUUGUAAAUCAAUCACCCCUCUUAUGCUCAGUGGCAUUAUUAGGAGGCAACCUGUAACCCUUGACCUUGGCUGGACAAAUAUGUCCAAGAAACAACUAAGCUGGCUUACUAACAGGCUACCAGGUCUUAGGAAUCUUGUAUUAGCAGGGUGUUCUUGGGUAGCAGUCUCGGCACUUUGUAGCUCUAACUGCCCUUUACUUCAUACCCUAGACCUUCAGUGGGUUGAAGGUUUGAAAGAUGCACAGAUGAGAGAUCUGCUUUCACCUCCCACAGAUAAUAGACCAGGUCAGCUAGACAACAGAAGCAAACUACGUAACUUGGUAGAAUUACAUCUUUCUGGGCUGGAUGUCACAGAUGUUUCACUCCGGUUAAUAAUUCGGUACAUGCCCCAGCUGAAGAAACUGAAUCUUAGUUACUGUAAUCAUUUAACAGACCAGUCUAUUAAUUUGCUGACAGCAGCUGGAACCACUACAAGAGAUUCCCUAAUAGAAAUUAGUUUGUCAGACUGCAAUAAGAUUACUGACCAGUGCCUCACCUACUUCAAACGCUGUGGAAACAUCUGCAGAAUAGAUUUGCGCUACUGCAAGCAGGUGACCAAAGAAGGUUGUGAGCGGUUCAUAGCAGAGAUGUCUGUGAGUGUUCAGUUUGGACAGAUAGAAGAAAAGCUUCUGCAAAAACUGAGUUAGUCCAGAACAAUAAUGCAAAUUUGGGAAGAUGAACCCGAAGAUGUAAAGAAGAUUUUUUUUCAGAAACUCUUAUAUAAGAAAGAAUGCUGGGAAAUGCCACUCUUGACUUCUUAUAUUGUAUAGAUAAUUACAUUUUUGGAAGAAUUCACCAGUCGUAAUCUUCAGAACAACUUGUGCUACCUGUUUGAAACCUUCCUAGUUUACUCUUCCUGCCCUGAGGUUAAAAUUGCUGUAAGCUAAGGCUUACAGAAUUUUACCAAAAUGACAGUUGAAAGAAGAAUAAUGGGAUUUCAUAUAGCUGCAUCAGAUAAGCACAUGUGCUUGACACAUCCAUGUUUAAUUACAAUUCAGAUUCUAAAGUUUCUUAAUCCUAAAUGCUGACUCAGAAGUGGACCAUGCACUGCAUUUCUGCCUUGUUAUAGAUAUGUUUCUUUUAUUAUAAUAUGGACUUCUUGCAUUAUGCAAAAAUAUUUUUAAAAAAAAUUGUUU